AUGCCAGACCAAUUCCUCCCAGCAGGGCUUUCGCUGACCCAAGUGGUCCAUUCCUACCCGAGGCACGCCUGGGGCAGCAUGCUUCGGGUUUACAUGGCGGAAGGAUGGACUGCGGAACGCAUGUGGAACCAUUUGCCUCACGACUUCCGCCGUAACCAAGGCGCCCAACGCCCCUGGAAUUAUAUCCAGGCCGCCAUGGGACGGGAGGUGGACAAGAUGUUCGAGGAGGAAACGGGAAGGAAGAGGGUCCCGAUACCAAGACCGAGGGUGCCAAGUGUGGCCGCAGAGAAUCCGAGUGAGGACGACGACGACCCGAGUGAGGGCGAAGAAGACCAGAGUGAAGACGAAGAGAACCCGAACGAGGACGAAUCUGGAACCGAAACAAAUCCCCCGCCACGCCCACUGAAAACGCAUGCCGAUCUAACGCUCGAUCAAUUGAAAAAGAUCGCUUACAUAGCAGAUCACAAAGUCAAUGAAAUCGAGCAGCGGAUUAUCGCCCUCAAGCCCGAAGCGACCCAGGAGUACCGCUCAAUCUGGAAAAAAGCCCAGGAUGAAUGGUAUCAGGCGCAAAUGGACGCGUAUAAGCGUGAUACUGGGAGAGACCUUCGCCAUUCUCGCAAGCCGAACCUGGUGUUGCGGGAGGUGUGGAAGACAGGCUACCCGCGGAGUGACGAUGAAGGCCUCGCCGAAUAUCACGCCAGGGCGGAUUGGAACGCCUGGUACAAACUCACCAAACAGUUUCAAGACCUCGAAAAGGCGCGGAGGGCGCAGCUGCAGCAGAUGCAGCUGGAACUGGCGAACGCGACAACGGCAAGAAUAGAUGGCUGA